GAACCAAUAGCAAGCCGCGCUUGCGUUCCGAGCCUCGUUCCGGGUGGUGGCGGGGUGAGGGGGGGUGUUCUCCGCUGGAACGGAAGAGGAAGGGACCCAGUUUCCGUUUCCUGCCCGUCUCCCGCCUGCUGUCUAGUGAUUUCCCACACCGAGUAAGAGAGUUCCACGGAGCCCCGCUCACCAUGUCUGAGGGCUGGGAGGACUGGCCACUGCUGGGCCCGGGCUGGAAACGGAGGACAGCCGUCCGUAAAUCUGGACAGUCCCUCGGACACUCGGACACAUAUUAUCAAAGUCCCACUGGUCAGCGCUUUCGCAGCAAGCCUGAGCUGUCCAAAUUCUUAGGAGGCUCUGUGGACCUGUCAUGCUUUAAUUUCAAGCAAGGAACCCUGAUCCCACUGGAGAAGAGACCGAAGAUUAAGAAAAAAAAGAAGGCAACGCCAACUCCGGUGGCAUCAAUCUCUCCGGUGUCCCCAACAUCUCCAGUCCAGUCUGAGAAACGUUUGUCCUUUCCUUUUCCGUCUUCUAAAGAACACCAGCAAAAUGGGAAGGAAGUAAAGUCAGUGACCGCGUGCUGCAGUGGUUGUAAUGUUUGGUUUACUGGGGUCGAGUUCGGUCGGUGGAAGCGUAACAUUUGGUACUGUGGUAACUGUCGUGAAGGUAGGUCGUCGCAAGAACCGAAAAUGUGGCACGUGUGAGGCCUGCCAAAGGAAACAGGGAUUGUGGCGAUUGUGACUUCUGCAAGGACAAGCCCAAAUUCGGUGGCCGUAACCUUAAGCGGCAGAAGUGUCGCUGGCGCCAGUGUCUGCGGUUUGCCGCGG